AUCGAUCAAUACAACUUUAAUGAAAUUCCAACAUUUUCAUAACAGAAAGCACAAGCAAUCAAAUUGUUGACUUGUAAACAGUGCGAUUUUUUCCAAUCGUUUUUCCAUUAUUUUACACGUUCCAACAUGAAACCUUCAACUUCGAAAAAGAAGAGAUCCUGGUGCCUUAGCUGUCGAGAGAAGCCGAAAACUAUGGAUUCGGAUUUUAGCGAUCAAGAAAACGAGAACUCCACAGACCUUGUAGAGACACAAAUCGAUUCCUCAACGGAUCAAAAAUACACCUAUGACCUCCUGGUUCUUGGUGGUGGAUCAGGUGGAUUAGCAGCAGCCAAAGAAGCAGUGAAUCUUGGUGCUAAAGUUGCUGUUCUUGAUUUUGUGACACCAUCUCCACAGGGUACAUCUUGGGGAUUAGGCGGUACUUGCGUCAAUGUUGGAUGUAUACCAAAGAAAUUGAUGCAUCAGGCUGCUUUACUUGGAGAAGCUAUUCAUGAAUCCACAUUCUAUGGCUGGGAAGUACCAAAUCCAAAUACUAUUAAACACAAUUGGGAAGCAUUAAGAUCAGCUGUACAGAACCAUGUGAAGUCUGUGAAUUGGGUUACACGUGUUGAACUCAGAACAAAAAAGGUUGAAUACUUCAACGCACUUGGUUAUUUCAAGGAUGCACAUACCAUAUCUGGCAAAACAAAAACUGGAGAGGAAAAAUUAUUCACAGCUAAAAAUAUCUUGAUUGCUGUAGGCGGUAGACCAAAGUAUCCUGAUAUCCCUGGUGCUGUGGAAUAUGGUAUCAGCAGUGAUGACAUCUUCAGUUUGGAGAAACCUCCAGGAAAGACACUUGUUGUUGGUGGUGGAUACAUUGGGUUGGAGUGUACCGGAUUCUUGACCGGUUUAGGCUAUGAUACAACGAUAAUGGUGCGUUCUAUUGUUUUGCGAGGAUUCGAUCAGCAAAUGGCAAACAUGAUUGCCGGAGAAAUGGAGAGACGUGGUGCACACUUCAUUUAUCAAGCUAAGCCACAGAAGAUUGAAAAACAAAGCGAUGGCCGACUUCUUGUCCAUUGGGUUGAUAAAGAUGGACAAGUUCAUCAGGAUACGUAUGAUACUGUUCUAUUUGCCAUUGGUCGUAAGGCGCUCACACAAGAAUUGAAGCCUGAAAAUAUUGGUCUUAAACUUGUUCCAGAGACUUUCAAAAUAGAUGCAGUAGAUGAGCAAACAAACAUCCCAAAUGUAUACGCUGUUGGCGAUGUUCUUCACAAAAAACCAGAACUGACUCCUGUUGCUAUACACGCCGGCCGAUUAUUGGCAAGAAGGUUAUUCGGCAACUCGACGGAGCAAAUGGAUUAUGUUAACGUAGCCACGACAGUGUUCACUCCCGCGGAAUAUGGCUGUGUAGGUCUUAGCGAAGAGGCUGCAAUCGCGAUUCACGGAGAGGACAAAAUCGAGAUUUAUCAUGCGUAUUAUAAACCAACGGAAUUUUUCAUACCACAGAAAGAUGUUUCUAAUUGCUAUGUAAAAGUUGUCGCAUUUAGAAAUGGUGAUCAAAGAGUCCUUGGUAUGCAUUUCAUUGGUCCUAAUGCUGGUGAAGUGAUUCAAGGUUUUGCUGUUGCUAUUAAGUGCAAUUUAACAUUCCAAAAACUGAAAGGGACUGUUGGUAUUCACCCAACAGUUGCAGAAGAAUUUACGCGCAUCUCUAUAACUAAGCGUUCUGGGCUUGAUCCUAAGCCGCAAAGUUGUUGCAGUUAAAAUAUACGUAACGUUAGGCUUGUUACGUUGCUCAUCUUUGUGAAUACGUUUAAGUGCGAUCGAUGGCACACGUGUUCUCGUGCUUAUUGUAUCGAUCGUUAGUUUUGGAACUGAUUUUCCGAGCGGAGCUCCCUUAAACCAAGAAAUAUUUUUUUAUGAGGUACAAGUAGGAGAAUUAUUAGGAUACUUCAGUAUUUGAAACAUAGAAUUUUUAGAACAAUACAUGGCACAAUGCGCCGUAUAAAAGAUUCGCUUCUUUUAUCUAACUCACGUUGCUGUACUUAUAGUAAUUUUUAUAAAUAUAAUUUUUUUCAAAUGUUGAUAUAUUUCAAUGUAUACAUUUAAGCAGAAAUAAACAGGCUUUCGACGA